AUGUCUUCUUCUACAACUCCAUCAGUAACAACAGUCUCAUCUGCUGCAAAUACAGCUCCAUCUUCUCCAGCGCAAGCAAGGACUAAUGCAACAGCUACCAAAGUCCCUACCAAACCAGUCUCAACUUCACAGCCACCAACAACAACAGGUCCAGUGUCUAAACAGGCAACAGCUGUCCCAGUGGUUGGCACAUCCUCUGCAAAACCUCCUGCUAUACCAACCCCAACCUGCACUCCUUCCCCAACCACAGUGUCUGCCAGUGUAACUAUCACAGCCAAGUCUAAGACAGUUACAGUAACUUCAUCAGCCCCAAGUCCAAGUAAAGUAGUCCAAGUAAAAACCCCUGUAGCAGUAGCCCCCUCCAAAGAACACUCAACGCCAUCCACCCCUGCAACAACUGCAGAAAAGACUGUCAAGAUCCCACCUCCUGUUACAACUUCCACAGGUGCUACACCAGCUCCAGUACCAACAGUCACCACAGCUACAUCAUCCUCAGAAAAGUCUAGUACAGCUGCUACCACAAACAUUGUCAUGACUACCCAAGCAUCCACUACCACAGCUGCCACGACCAGAACAGCUCCCCUUGUGUCCACCACGCAAACAUCUGCAGUAACUUCCCUGCAAGUACAAAGCUUGGAUGUGUCCACACCAACCAAGACGGAGGCCCCACCCCAGGUAGCUACAUCUGCUUCCUCCAGUGUUUCAUCUGAUAAACAAUCUUCAGAGCUGACGCAGAAAGUGUCCAAGAGUGAUCCAGACAGGGAGACAGAAAUGGAGGUAGACACAGUGGAGGCUGGCGCAAGGACUAGCAAGGAGGAGGAUGACAAAAAGGAGGACAUCUGCAAGUCUCAGGCUAAAAGGAGAAAAGUGGAGAGUUCCUCUGAGACCAAAGAGUCGGACAGGGAGGGGGCAGGUGGAGAAGCACAGCCUGCAGCUGCCCCUCAGAAAGAAGAACCUAAGCAGGCGGUGGAGCAAACUCCAAUCCCGAAAAGGCCUCUCAGUCGCCAGAGCAGCCAGGAGUCCGCUCGCUCCUCCUCGUCUUCAUCUGGGUGCUCUACAUCAACACUCACCCGUCACGCUCACCACAAGAGGACUUACGAGAACAGACAUCCUGCCAAGAAGAGGCGGAUGGAUGUCACAUCAGAAACAGGGAAGGAGGAGAAAAAUGAAGAGGGUGGAGUGAAGGAAGAGGAAAGCAGCAAAAAGGAGCUCACCACCGCUCGGAGAAGACGUUCCAGGUCUUCCUCUUCCUCCUCAGACUCUGACAACAGUGAGAGCAGGAAGGAGCACCGGUUGACUCGCUCGGGGAAGCACAGGCUACAAGAUCAGGAGAGGGAAAAGGGCAACAGCCGGCAGGGAAAGAAACCUGCGCCCAGCGCUGACAGAAAUGCGUCAAACAACGCCAACACAUCCACAGGUGGAGAGUCUGGCAGUGAUACAUCUUCUGUUAGGGUCACCAGGAAGUCUGCAGGAUCUCAGCCUUCACAGGACAGUAAAGCUCAGACAAACAGCACCCCCUCGUUGCCUCCUGAGCCCGAAGUUCUGGGGAAGAGGUGCUCGGCACUCAAUGCGGCAGCCAAGCUGCUAGCAAUGAAAGGCAGGGUGGAUACCCCUGGCCACACCACUCGGAAAGACUCGGGAGCGAAGGCCACAGGGACUUCUCCUGCCUCCUCUUCUGACAAGAACCAAAAGCCUAAAAGCAAAAGUGUACAAGCCUCCUCUCAGACUAACUCUGUAAAUCUUACUAAUAAUAAAAGCAGUGGCAGCAAACCCUCAACGCCCAAUCAGACAAGCCGCCCUGCGCCCCGCUCCACCAGACAGUGCCCCGGUUCUCUGGUUCCACCCCUGGAAGUGGAGUACAGGAGGUCUAAAGCAGAGGAAAAGGAAAGGGGGAGUAGGAAGUCAUCAGGGGGAAAGGAUGGUGAGACAGAGGGGCAGUCUUCAUCCCGGGGCCACAGUGCCUGCAGCAGCAUGAGCAGUGACGGCGAGGGCGGGCGCAGCAGCAGAAGCCGCAGCAGCAGCAACAGCAGCCAACGUACCCAUAGCAUCAGCUCUCAGAACACCGAGCACAGAGAGUCCCGCGCUGCUUCCUCCGGCAGCGAGCGCGAGAGGGAUCGCAGCUCAGAGAGCAGAGACAAAAGAGACCAGCAGGGCCAGCGCAGGGAGAGUCGGAAGGACAGGAGGUCUCAAAAGCAGGAGGUGACCAGCAGUUCAGGAACAGAAGGGACGCCGGACAGGGUGCUGCGUAGCGUCGCAGCGCUCGCGGCAGUGCAGGCCCGGUCACCGGCCGCGAGCACCCGCUCCUCUUCUGGUCAACAUCGUCACAACAAGACAUGA